AUGCAGGGUGGAUAUCUAUCAUUGUUGAGCAGUACCGGGGAUAAGCCACUAGAAUACUGGAGCAAACAGAAAUCAAGAACAGGAUCGAUCCAACGAGUCCUCGACAAAGAACUCAACGAACGCGUUUUGGAAAUCCAAGAUGUCGAAGACGCAAAUUGCCAAAAGACCUGGAUCAUGUGUCCGCCCGCUACCGAUCAAAUUCUCGACGUCAAGCUACCCGUACUCGUGAUAAUACUAAAGAGCCUGCAGUCCCACUUGUUGAUACAACUGCAAGUGGCCGACAAGGAUGACAUCCGCCACUUGAUCAACCUGACGAACGUCGAGGCGAGCAAAAAGAAGACGGAGGCCAAAACGGUGAUCAGCCCACUGAAGAUGCACCUGGCGCUCGAGCCCGGCUGGAACAAACUCGAGUUGGACCUCGGCCAGCUGUGCAAGGUGUUUGGGGCGCGGUUCGGCGCGGUGACGAGGCUCAAGAUAUGCGCCAACUGCAGGAUACGCAGGCUUCACUUCCUCGACAGGCACUACGAAGACGAUGAGGUGUCGGUAGCGCUGUACCAGGGCUUUUUAGACCACUACAUGUCCAAAUGGGGCAUCAGGGCGAUCGAGCGGGCGACGCAGACCAAAAAAACGCUCGGCAAGCCCGGGAAGGACGCCAUCGCCCCUACCGUCAAUACACUUACCAAAUUGUUCCUGAAGAGCAUCCAGUCCAAAUCGGACAGGGCGAUAGACCAGCACAUGUCGAGGAACCCGCUGGUGACACCCAAGGAUUACGUCGAGUUCAAGAGAAAGGCCAAAAUCAAGCCCUACGCCAUCCCGGACAAAAGUAAGCUCAAGGGGAAGAAGAGCUCGGAGUCGAAUUGGGACCUGAGCCAGAUCAGAGACAGUUUCAAGCAGUAUGAAAGCCUGAACUUGUACGAAAAGUCAGCUGUCAAGGAGAAACCCGAAAAGAAGCCUGACACUGCGGUGCCCGCAACGUUUGUCGAGAAGCAGGAAAUUAAGAACUUGAUGUACAAAGUUUACAGGUAUAGGUACCCGGUGUUGACGGACACGAAGCCGAGCGAAGCCAAAAAGGAAGUUCCAACCACAAAAUAUUCUGUCGUGAAGAAAUAA